CAACUAAACAAGCAUAGCUAGGACUGUCCAAACAUCACACUAACAAAGACUACACUCAAAAACUAUUCAGGAAUGCGCAGUUUAAUAUGAAAAACAAGACAAUGAAAGAUUCUUGACCCUGUGCUGUUUGCUGAACAUGGCCGGCAAUCCAACAAUGAUGGAAGCAUCGAUAACAUCAGUGUGUGUGGUGGGCAUGCUCUGUGCUAUCGGGACGUCCCUGCUACUACUCGCAGUGUGCUGUGCUGUAGCACACGCAGCCCUGGGCCCCAUGGGGCUAUCACUUGCCUUAAGGAAGCUGUGGGAUUCUGUAGGAGUGAUUUGGGCUAGCUGUGGCCUGCUAAUACUGUCAGUGCUUGGCUCAGUGGCGGCUGCAGCAGCUGUCAGGAUGGUGGGUGCCGAGGGUGUAGCUGCCGGCGGCGUUGCAGCAGCUGCAGGAGCUGUGGUGGUAGUUAAAGUGUGGACAGCAGCCCGAAGAGCCAGGGAGUGGGUGGAGGCAGUUGUAGCAGCCAGCGCUCUUGGGGUGGGGGGCUCGGCACUCUGCUAUGUGCUGUUGGAGCUGGGGCUGACUGAGGUGGAGGCGGGCAUGGUCGCUGGGGCUAGCGCUCUGCUAGGAGAAGCUACAGGAACAGCGUAUGAAGUAACGCUGGGACUGACGGUAGUGGCGCUGCUGGUCUGGCUAACCGGUCGAAACCGGCCCAGAAGAAAGAGGGAACAGAGAAGAAGAGAGAGAGGGAAAGAGAACCUCUCUAAUGCGCACAACUCUCAACACACAGUUAAAACUCUGUGGUGGAUGUUAUGAUAUAUAUUAUAGAUUUUCCCCCUCUGCAUUGGUUGUUUACUUAAUUUUUCCACAUCAUAUUUUAACGUGAAUGUUUGUAAUGCUUUCAUAUUCUCAUAAUAAGUACUACAGAAUAAGGCCUACGCCACACAAAUCUUCUAUUGAUAAAACACCCAAGUGCCGGUUUUAAUUUGCUUUUCCAAAUUGACAAUGAAAGAAUUCUGACAUGAUGUUUGAUAUUUUUCACAUAGGCUGUAAUGUUUUUAGGUUUAAGUGAUAACAGGCAGAGUGUGUGUACAAUACUGUAGAAUACUGAAAAUAAUUAAUUUAAUGCUUCAAGAGUUAAAGCAAUGUUAAAUUUGCUUUACAUGCUUCCAGACAGAAAGAUGGAAAACAGAAAGAGGGAAAGAGGCAUGUUAUGCCUGUUUUAGCAUCAUGAUAUUGGCUACGUGAUUCAGUUAGAACUGACCUCCAUAUUCACCUACUGUGUUUUUUAACACUGAUGUCUUUGAUUAAUUAUCAAGCUCAUUUUCAAAAAUGAGUUUUAAGAUCAACAAGCACCAAAUAUUCCAUUGCAAGAAACAUACACCCAGUCCGGUCUCUGAUCCCAACCCU